UCUCCUUCCGUGGGUGCCUGUCAAAGUGAAUUAAGUAGGUAGUGUCAUGUCAUGUUGAGAGUUUAAGUUUAUCUGCAGUUUUUGGUAUUAUUUUCUUUAUUAAAGUGUUAAAUUGUUAUUAACAAUUAUUGGAAGGUGAUAUAUUUGGAGUUCUUCAUGUACUAUAACAUGUGAUAUUUACUUGCCAUGGAAGAGGAGAGCACAGCCUGUAGCGGCGAAGCCGCGCCGCCUACAGACACACAGUCCAAUGACGAAGUUCCUAAUCAUGUCACAAAGCCUGAAGGCGAAAGCCUCACUUCUAGUGUUAAACAUGUAGAUAUUAAAGACCAAAGUGAAAAUAUGAAAAGCAGUGACGAAAAAACAGAACAAGAAAAUAAAAAAGAGGAUGGUACUGUUAUCAUUGAAACAAUCAAUGAAUGUGGCAAAAGUCUUGCACCCUUACUGAAGGAAACAACAUUCUUGGAGCCCGAGCCAAGCGAACCAAAUGAUGAUGCUAGAUCUCUGGGUGACCUGGACAGCCUACCCGCUGGUGAUGAACUAGUGCUGGGCGCCGCAGGUAGUGACAGCGGUGUGGAGGGCUGCGGCCGAGCCCUCAGCAGUGGCGGUGGAUCCCGGUCGUGUGCUUCCAGUGUAGUGUCGUGCGGUUCCGGUUGUGGUUCUGAAAGUUCGUCCCUGGCCGGAGCGCCGCCGCGACCGCGACGUCGCGUCAAUGUCAACGUUACUGAACCGAAGCGUAGUUCGCCUGUUGGCACGACAACCGCGCGACCUGUAACGGCACCCCGCGGCCCUAACCUAGCCACUCGUGAACGCGCCAGAAGUCGAGAGAAACCUACUCCACCUGAAAAACCUCGACCACUUACGCCAAAGCCACGCAUUCGACCGACUGCUGAUUUGCCCAAUCUUGUUCGAGAAAGUCCUGCACUGCGCGCAAAACCCACCAAAACAUCAACAGCCAGAUGCCGGACGCCUAACUCCCCCAGUGAAGAAAAGAGAUGGCCUUCAAAUGGGCCGCGGCUUGCUACAGUGGUGGACGCUAACGCAACAAGAGCGGCGGCUGACAAGUAUGCCACCUUACCGCGGAGGCGUCGGGAAGCGGACCCAGAGGGAUCACCAAAACACGACAGCACUCCGCCAUCGUCACGACGUCCCACCAUCACACGCUCCGCUUCCUCACGCUCCACAAUAAAGGCGCGAGUACGCAUCUACGCUGAGAAAACGUCACAGACAGUGCUCAAUGGAACAGACAUUGAGUCAGCUCUGGCGGGGAUUGUGCCAAAUAUAGAAAAAGUGGAAGUAUCUCGCUGUCACCGCGGCGUGCAAGCCAGCGCUCGGGACGCGGAGGCAACGCGCCUUGCCAACGCAUUAGCCGCAGCGGCUGAAGAACGAGAGAGGCGGCAGAGAGCCGAGGCUCAGCUGGCGGCGGAGCGAGCGGCGAGACUCGCAGCCAUCGCCGAGCUGGACCGCAACUCACAGAGACUGCUCGACCUGGCUGGAGCUGGCGCGGGAGCUGGUGCGGACGGCUGCCUGCGUGCGCUGGAAGAACAACUGCGCUCCGCCGGCGAGCUGGCCGCGAAGCAGCGCGCGGAGAUCGACGCGCUCAGGGAACAAUGUAACAAGCUACAUGUGGAGGCAUGCAGCGCCCGCGAGUGCGCGCGCCUGGCGGAGGCUCGCCUGGGCGAGGCGGAGCGCGAGGCGGCCGAGAUGCAGGACUUCCUGGCCGCAGAAACCGGCGCGCUCAGCGACUCCCUCAGGGACGCCGAGCUCGAGCUGGCCAGGGUCAAUGCUGAUCUCGACAGGAGACGCGCCGAGUGCCGGCAGCUGGUCCGCAUGUGCGAGCAGCGGCGCCAGGAGACGCUGGCGGCGGCGGCGCGCGGGCGCGGCGGCGGCGGCGCGCGCGCCCUCGCCGCGCUGGACGCGCUCGCCGCGCGCCUCGCCCGCCUCACGCGCGCCGUCCACCACGCCUACAGGCUGCCCAGCGACCUCGAGCCCACUGUCUACCAUAACGACCUAUACAGCCGCAGUGACAGCGGUGAGGCUCUAUCGCCGGAAGAGGAGCAAGCUGGUGGCGGGUUGUUGGCCAACGUAGCGCGAGCGUUGCGCAACGCGGCCCCGCCCCCGGCCGCGACCACUGCGCAGGCGCAACGCGAGGAUGAUCGCUCGCACGUGUCGGACGAAAACGACAACUCAGCUGACUUACUUGACUCUGAGACUGAACCUUGUCUUGUUACUGAUCCAGAAUGCGCCGAGGAAUGGUGGUCUGGUGCGGAAGGCGCGGGCGCUUGGAGUGGCGACGAAUUGUCGCCGGAAAGAGACUUCUAUGCGGACGAGAAAGGUUCAUAA